AUGGGCUCCUUUCCCCUUGCUGGGGACCGACACCAGUCUUGCCCACAUUGCUGUGGGCAGGGAUGGGGCCUGCAGGCCGAGCAGCAGCUGCCCUGUCCCAUAUCUUCCUGGCCACUGGGCUUUGUUCCCAGAUCUCUUCCUUCCACUCCACAGCCAAAGGCUAUGACAAAACUACUCCCUGGCCAAUGGUAUUGCUCAGGCCUAUCCCCAGCUCCUGGGGUGUGCCCCCCGACCAACGGCAGAGCCUCAAAAGGCCCUGUCAGCCAAAGGCAGCUCUUCUUGGGCUCCCCUGGGCCAAUGAUGUUGCCUCCAAUACCCUUUGUCCCUCCUCUAUGCGUGCCCGUUGCAGAGAAAGGGACUUGGGACCAAAGGGGUGGGGAUAAUGGGGAGCGCCAUUUCUGGCCCUGGAUCAGAAUGGGCAUCCCCUCACCCAUCCACCCAGUUUCAUUGUGCUUAGAGCCCUGGAAGAUUGGGACCUAG